UACUGACGGACUUGAGGACAGCAUGGCGGAGAUGUUUGGUUUAUUUUUCCAGCAACAACAUGAGGGUUAAUUAGGGGGGUAAUUAUUGGGGUAAUUAAACAUGUGGGUCACCAGGCGACUUCUGACUUCCGCCGUCCUCACAGGACACUUUGGGCUGCUGAAUCGCCGCCUGAACCCACCGCCUGAUUUCUGGCCACGCUUCCUGCAGUGCACCUACUGCUGGAGGACUCGGAUCCCCGCCACAGACCUGAACGUUCUGCAUCCUGAUCUUUCAGACCCUCGGUGCAGACACCGUGAUGACGUGAGCGAUGCCACACUGGACUCUCUGUACACGUCGGAUCAGAGAGACGCCAUCCUGCAGCUCCUCAAUACAGGCUCGGAGUCUGAGCUCGCCGCCGUCAAGAUGCUCCGGGGACGAAAAUCGGCCAACAUCAUCGAGUACCGGAUCAGGAACGGACCCUUUAGGGACCUGGAGAGCGUCGUGAACGUGCCACUGUUAAAGCACAAGAGCGCCGUCGUGGCGUUUAACUCCAUCCUCUGUCCUAGAGAGAAGAAGGAGAAGAGGAAGGGGAGGAUUCAUCUCGCCAAGUUCAUCAGGCCUGAAGUGGACAAGGCGCUGUUAGAGGACGCCACGUCCAUCGUGUCCAUCGUGUGUGGGACGAACCGUAUAGCGUGGACGCACAUGGACCGGGCAAUGACGGUGUUGGAGUGGCAGCAGGAGGAAUGUCCCAGCUUCAUGAAGGGCACCUACAUGGCAUCGGGUUAUCUGGAAGAUAUUUGUGGCGUGGUGUCGAAGCUGCCUGUGGCGGAUUUCUACGUGGUGGAGAAGCCGAGCGUGUCGGUGCAGAACACGGCGCUGUUCCCCGUCAUGGUUCACCUGCGUACGGUGGAGGCCAUGCUGUUCGCUCUGCUCAGCGCCAGGAGAGAUGCCGCCGCGCCGCCUAACGUCCUCAACAUGAUGCGCACGGCCGUCGGGCGACACUUUGGAUUGAUCAUCGGCGAGAGUCGUACAAGUGGCGCCGAGGUCGUGAGGAAGAUGAUGUCAGAAUCGGCGAUGAAGAAGAUACCACGUGUGAUCUUCCCAAACGAGCUGCUGGUGCGAUACAGUGGAGCGUUUCACUUCAGCAGCAGGAACAAAGGACAGGAGAUGUGUGACGCUCUGCUGCAGGCCGUCGCCUUCUACGAACUGCUCACAGCCUCACAGUGAGUGUGUGUGUGUCAGCGAGAGCAGCAUGCACUUCCUACAUCUGUCUUUAUGACCUGAGGCUCAGGACUUUAUUUCACUUUAAGCAAUGAUACUGUACUGACGUUAGAUCAGGACUCGGGGGUGACGAUAUAUUCUCACUUUGGUGCUUUAUUAUUAUUAUUAUUAUUAUUAUUAUUAUUAUUAUUAUUAUAAAUAUUUUAUUAGUAAAUAAAUCAGGUUAUUGUUAAAAAUAAAAUGAUUUCCAUGCGUUUUUAUUUAUGAGAUGAAUAACAAAAGGAUGUGGAGUUGUAGACACGCCCACUGUGCUCUGAUUGGCUUGUGUGUAACAGGACCAUUUAAUAAGGCUCUAAAUAUAUAAACAUGUAGAGAAUUGUGUAUUAAAAACAACAGAAUUCACCACUGAGUGAAAAUAAAUAUAUAAACUUUAA